GAUAGAAUAGAGGCACUCCAUCCGUCGCGCACUCAGAGCUUGUCCGGCGGCUGUCCCAUCCCAGCUAAAGCAAAACCACCCUCGAUCGAGCCCGAGCUGAUCAUCAUUCCUUUCACGACGCAAAGAAGGCACCAAGAAGAAUCCCCUCCAUCGACGACGAAGGGGCGAUGACGAUGAGGCCGCUGCCGCAGACCGUCGUCCACCUCCUCCCCCCCGUCGCCGCCGUGCUCGCGUUCGCGCUCAUUGGCUGCCUCGUGGGCGGCGCCAGCGCGACGGUGGUGACGACGUGCAGGGCGGCGGCGGACAGCGACGCGCGCGUGGACUACGGCUUCUGCGUGGCGGAGCUGGGCAUGCACCGCGAGAGCCCCGACGCCGACGUCUGGGGCCUCGCCAAGGUGGCCGCGCUGACGGGCGUCAACAACGCCGACAACGCCGUGUACGACAUCAAGGCCCUGCUGCUGCUCGCCGCCGACGACGGCGCCAAGAGCAGGUCGCCGCCGCCGGACGGCCCGACGCGCGCGGCGCUGGAGAAGUGCGGGAGGCUGUACGACUCCGUCGGGUUCGCGUUCGCCGAGGCGGACGACGAGAUCAACAACCGCCGCUACGCCGCCGGGAAGGGCAAGGUCGCGGAGGCGGUGUCCCUCGCGCGCCAGUGCGACGACGCCCUCGCCAAGGCCGCCGCCGUCCCGUCGCCGCUGGCGCAGCACAGCUCGUACAACGUGAGGAUUGCUAAUAUCUGCACCGCCAUCACCAACCUCAUCAAGUGAAUAUACUGCUGUAGUAUAUAGUACUGUAAUUACAGGAACAGGAGCACUCACUUUGGUGCAUCCAGAAUAAAUAACGUGGUCGAUCGGCCUGACAGGUGACAGGACUUUAAAGUUUGUAUACCUUUUGAAAACUUUGUACAAAUAAUGAAAAAAAAGGAGUUCUGCGUCGAGUAAAGUUCUCCACU